AAUAUAUCCAUGAAAUACUCUGUUUACAACAUUGAACUUUAGGUGCACUUGGCCAGAAAGAGUAAUCGAGACGGAUGUAAUCGAACCACACAACACAGCCAGAAGAAAACGAAGAAAGAUGACAUCUACUGAGUCUGACCCAUCAACACAGACAUCUCUUGUUCCUGGAGAUGAGGCUACAGCACCUCCUCGAGACGCUCUGAUUACCACCGCUGUGAAAUUUCUCCAGAACCCGAAAGUACGUCAGAGUCCCUUGGCAACACGGAAAGCCUUCCUCAAGAAAAAAGGCCUGACGGAUGUGGAGGUGGAGUUGGCUUUGCAGCGCUCCGGCAGCACAGAGGAGGUCCUACCGCUGAGCCCUGUGGGACCUGCGUAUCCUAUACCUGCAGCCCACCUGGUCCCAGGACCACCCAUUCCUAGAGGCUACAGAUGGAGGGACUAUGGUGCGCUCACGGUCAUCAUGGUGGGCAUCGCCUUUGGCUUUCAUCAGCUCUACAAAAAAUACAUCCUUCCCCUCAUUAUGGGCAGCCGAGAGGACAAGAAGCAUCUGCAGCGGAUGGAGAACAACAUUGCGGCGAUGAGUGGCACGCUGACACAGACAGUGGCCCAGCUGCAGCAGACUCUCGCCCAGGUCCAAGAGCUCCUGGUUCAACAGCAGCAGAAAAUACAGGAGCUGUCCCAGGAAUUGUCCACAGCACAGGCAUCGUCGUCCAGCAGCCGUGUCCUGGACGCUCAGACAGUGGGAGAGCUGAAGGCUGAGAUCGCCUCUUUGAAGGGCUUACUGCUCAGCAGGAAGCAGUUCCCCUCCACUCCCACCAUCCCAAAGAUCCCAUCAUGGCAGAUCCCCCUGAAGCCUCCCACCUCUCCCUCAGUGAACCAGGCCAACAGCAGCAGUGACAUCUCCCCUGUCAGCAUCGAGUCCGCUGGUUCCUCCCCCUCCAAAGACCCUCCUACCCAACCACCCCAGGACAGUUUGGUGGGGAUGAAUGGGGACGCCUGCUCCACAGCUCUGCGCAUGGAGGUACAGGGGGAGGAGAAGAAGACCGACCAGGAUCUAAAUCAUGUGGAGGAGGAGGAGGAGGAAGAGUUGAGCCUACAGACGGAGGACCGAAGAGGCGGAGAUGGACAGAUAAACGAACAGGUGGACAAACUACGGAGGCCUGAAGGGGCCAGUAAUGAGAGCGAGGUGGAUUAAAGCUCUAAAUGCAGAACUGUACUGUCCUCACACUGGUGGCUUUGGCUCUUUUCUGUCCAUUUUCACCAUCUUUUUCCCUUUCUUUUCACUAAUAUUUUAAUCUUGUGCAAAUUGAGGCAACGGCUUGAGAAACUUGACAUAGUGGAGUGUAGAGUUGACAAGGGGCUUACCUUCGUGUACUUUUCAUCAAGUGAGAUAAAUGAUUAUGCAUCAAACCUACUGCAAAUAUGCUGGGAUUUCUGAAAUGAGAAAUGACAGGGAAUAGUUCAAUCUGCACUUUUUAAAAGUGUUGCUUCAGCUCUUUGGGAGUAUUACAGAUGAAGGGAAAGAAGCAGGGAGACAAUCACCAAGCUAACUCUGAACUGUUAUAUGAAAUGCAUAUAUUAUAAGAUUAUUACUCUUCUAACUCUUGCACCAAUUUAUGCCUUUAUUUCAACCUCUUGGAGUGGGUCUCUAGAUCACUUUCACUGAAAUUCUGUAAUAUAUUUUUUUUAUUAUUAUUUGUUUCAAAUUAAGCCCCACUGUUAUUUUGUCUGUGGUAUUACUGUCAGUAUUAUCUUUUUUUUUGGGUUACCUGUAUGACAUAUGUAGUGCGUUAUAUUCUGAUACCCUAUAAUAUCCAGCCAGCCUUCCUGUGUCCAAAUAAAUAACAUAUUUUCCUCAAAUUUUUUAUGAUAUUUGAUACUUUAAAUAACUUUACUGUAUGCAGACAAAAUGCACAUGCCCUACCUUUUUUCCAGAGAGGUUAGCGGCGUUUGUCUCCCUGUUGACGGGAAUAGGAGAGGACAUGCUCUUCAGGGCCUCAGCUUUUAGCCUCUUUUAUGUGUCCUUUCGCAUUGGUGUCAGUCUGUCAAUAAUUCACAAGGCCAGCAGCGGGUGGCAUUGGGUUGAAAUAAAAGCUCUGAAAUUGGAGAUUACGAUGUGAUGACGGCCGUUGUUCCAGUCCUGGUGCUGAUGUACUCAUUCUCUCAAAGCAAAAGAAGAUGAAUGUUUUUCCCUCUUUCACUACGGGCUACAUUUUAUACCUCCGACUAAAUUGUGCGCUAGACAAAACAACCCAGACAGAGCCAAAGCUGCGUCUGCGUCUCCAGCAGGGCAGCUGAUUUGCUUUGUGAAGUUUGUUAAUAAUCAAAUGAUCAACAAAUAACAGAUGUAUUAGUUCAUGCGGCUUGAAAUGUCAACGAGGCUAAAAGCGCAAAUCUAAUCGUGAAAGCCCAGUUGCAUUGUAUUAUUUUCUGUGACAAAGCCUCAGGACCAAAUUACGGCGGGCCUCCCACGGUGAGCAAUCUUUACAGAAAACGCCGCCAAUAUUUUGUAAUUAAGCCACGGAAAGAGGCGCAAUGGGACUGGAAGCUGUAGAAGUUGCAUCAUAAGUUGUUUGUUUCUAGCGCCGUGGUGGAGGUGCAGAAAAUGCCCCGUGAUUGAAAAGGAAAGUAAUAAAUGAAUACUUUGACUUAUUGAAUUACUCACUCUGUCUCCAGCAAACAAGAAGAGUCCAUGAGUGAGAGGAAAAGGAUACAGCGGCACUGCCAUCCCCACGACUUCUCAUGGGGUACAGUAUGAAACGCAAGUAUUGAAACGGUGGGAACAACAAAGCACCAUAAACUAAUUCAACUACUGUUUCAGUGGUUUUGGUGGUGUGUUGGAUACAAGUCAGUUGUUAAAAGGCUGUAUUCAAAAAGUGUGUUUUAAUCAUUGACUAAUCCCUGUAACAUGCUCUGUCUAUCUGACCUUAAACUUGUACAUAAUUGUAAUAAAGCAAUAUAAUAAUAAAACUAAGCUACCAAAUUUGUAA